CUCACCCCAAAGACCACAUAUGCACAUCAACGACUGCUGAGACUUCAGACAAGCCUCCCAGCUUUUAAUCACCCUUGAAACUACAAGUUCUUUUCAUCUGAAGCACCUCGCCAUUCACCACCCCAAAGUCCCACGAUCGCGAUGUUCGGCAUCCUCAAAUUCCAGACCUUCCUCCUCGUCGUCCUCCUCUUCAUCUGCUCCUGCACCUAUCUCCACGGCGUCUUCCCCGCAUGGCUCGAUCGAAACAAGUCAGGCCCUCUCGGCACAUUCUGGCGAGCAGCGAGGAUAGGCGAGCGUCUUAGUCCCUACGUGAGCUUGUGCUGCAUAGCCAUGGCCGUCAGCUUGAUAAUGGGGCAGUAAUGCCAACGCCAAUUCAGAGAUGCGAUCAAGCGAAGGCGUUGGGAGUCUUGAGGCGAUCUAGUCGCAAACACAGCUGGGCGCUGAUCUACCGCCUUCGAGAGUCGGCACAUUAUGUGAGCGGGGUUCUUCCAAACGUCUUCUCGCAAGGGGAAGCACCGGGGGAUCAGUAGUGGACCGCGACCGUUUCGAAUUGCUCAGGAGACACAA